UGACUUCAAGUCAAUCUAGAGUUUGUUUUGUUUUAACAGGAAACUUUUACGCAAGGAAUUCCUCCCUUUGACAGGAUUUCAGGAUGAUGAAACUUAUGAGCCGAACCACCAAAAAUAUCCUGGUGGUUUCAUUUGGAUUUUUGUUCUUAUUCACAGCAUUUGGAGGGUUGCAGAGUUUACAGAGCAGUCUCAAUGCUGAGGAUGGAAUGGGCGUUAUUUCACUCAGUGUCAUCUAUGCGACCAUCAUUUUGUCCUCUAUGUUUCUGCCUCCAAUAAUGAUCAAAAAUCUGGGCUGUAAAUGGACCAUCGUCAUUUCUAUGGGUUGUUACGUGGCAUAUUCCUUUGGAAACCUUGCGCCAGGCUGGCCAAGUCUGAUGACCACCUCUGCCAUUCUGGGUUUGGGAGGUUCACCGCUGUGGUCAGCAAAAUGCACCUAUCUCACAAUAAGUGGAAACGAGCGAGGCCAGAAAAUCAACAAGAAAGGCCAGGAUCUCAUCAACCAAUACUUUGGCAUCUUUUUCUUCAUUUUUCAGUCAUCGGCAGUAUGGGGAAACCUCAUGUCAUCUCUGAUAUUCGGCCAAGAUCACAGCAUAGAAAUCCCAGAGGAGAACCUGCAGUACUGUGGUGCGACCUCAUGCGUUGAAAAUUUCACAGUCACAAACUCAACUCUUCCAGCAAGACAUCUAGUAAACACACUACUAGGCUGCUACAUUGGUGUGGGGAUUUUUGCCAUAAUUUUUGUGGCAGUGUUCCUGGACAACAUCGACCGAGAUCUGGCCAAAGAAUUUCGUAGGAACAAGGGCAACCAAUCGUUUUGCAGCACCUUUCUGGCUACCUUCAGGCUCUUGAGAAAUCCUAAAUUGCUGCUGCUAAUCCCAUUGACAAUGUACAGUGGGUUUGAGCAAAGUUUCCUCGCUGGAGAAUACACAAAGAAUUAUGUGACUUGUGCGAUAGGAAUACACAACGUUGGCUUUGUGAUGAUCUGCUUUGGUGCCACUAACUCCGUAUGCUCAUUCGCGUUUGGUAGACUGGCUCAAUACACCGGAAGAGUCGCCCUCUUUUGCUUGGCUGCGCUGACAAACCUGGGCUGUUUUGUGGCCUUUUUGUACUGGAAGCCUCAACCAGGACAGAUGGCCGUGUUCUUCGUGUUUCCAGCCCUCUGGGGUAUGGCAGAUGCUGUGUGGCAAACACAAACCAAUGCACUUUAUGGCGUUCUCUUUGCUAAACACAAAGAAGCAGCAUUUGCUAACUACCGCAUGUGGGAGUCACUUGGUUUUGUUAUAGCCUUUGCUUACAGCACAUACAUCUGCCUGUCCAUCAAAAUCUACAUUUGUUUGAGUGUUCUUGCCCUUACCAUGGUAACUUACCUUUAUGUUGAGUACAACGAGUACAAGAAUCCAACUUCACAAGUGACUUACGACUCGGAAAAAACAGAAAAGGCCGACUUCAAUGAAGUGAAUGAGAAAGAAUUGAAUGAGAAAAAUGUUGUUGCCCAGACACGACUGUAAAUGGAUUUUGAGAUUAUUCAUUAUAUUUCUGCCUUAGUAUGUAUCUUAGUAUGUAAAAUGUUGAUUUUAUUUGUUAUUCAAAGAUUAUUUUUACAGUAUUUUUUACAAAGUGUUUAGAAACUAUAGUUUUUUUAUGUACCAUGUUUGGAUCUAAAUGUUUAGAUCAUCUUCUUUAUUGUUGUAUUCAAUUUCUGUACAAAAGCACAAAUAAUUUUAAUAUAUGCAUUUAAAUACUCUUUUCUUUUAAUAUGUUUAUUGCAUUUACAUCAUAUUUACCGUAAGUGCAGCAGAUUAAAUGCUAUGUUAAAUGUGAAUGUAUCAGGUUAACGUUUACAAAUCGUUGUAUUAAAAAAAUAUGAUCAUAAAGCAGG